GCCAGUUGGGAUUUCUCUUUCUCACCAGCUUCGUCAUUUCACAACAAUGACGAAUCUGAAGAAGGCUGUUGUAGCAUUCGUGGCUCCCCUUCCUUCCGUAGCUUUCUACCUAUAUUUCCUUCACAACUCUUCACACCCAUCUCCAUCCUCUGCUCAUCUGGGUUACCUCUGGAAAUGGUGCUCACACCACCCUCUCUACCUCGCAAACCUCCUCUUCUUCUUCAACGUCAACCUCCUCUUCUGGGUCAUCAGUCUCAUCCAAUCCAGCAACUGGAUGAUAGAUUUGUAUUGGACUGUGAUACCUGUGAUGCUUGUUCACUACUAUGCUAGCCAUCCCCUUUCCAAGUGGGAUGCUGUUCGAUCGACGGUCAUGAUUUUGCUGACGUGGGUGUGGAGUAUUAGGCUCACACAUAGCUAUUUCAGGAGGGAGAGGUGGGAAUGGGGUGCUAGGGAGGAUUGGAGGUUUAGUGAUAUGAGGAAGGAGUAUGGGAAGAAAUGGUGGUGGGUUUCAUUUUUCUCGGUCUAUGCCUCGCAACAGGUCUUUCUGAUUGGCAUAUGCCUACCCAUGUAUGCAGUCCACUCAAGUGAAAAACCCUGGAAUGCCUGGGACACCAUUGCGGCAAUUGUCUGCUUAAGCGGGGUCAUUAUUGCUUACUUUGCCGACACACAGCUCUUUAAUUUUGUUCAACGAAACAACUUGUUAAAAGAGCGUGGUCUGCCUCCUUUGCCCAAUCUCGACAAGGGCUUAUGGUGGUAUUCUCGCCAUCCAAACUACUUCGGGGAGCAGUUGUGGUGGUGGGGAUUGGCUAUAUAUGGAUGGAAUGUGGGGCAUGGAUGGACCUUCAUUGGGCCUCUUGUUAAUAGCUUAUGCUUGGUAUAUGUAACAGUUCUAGUGGAACAACGGAUGUUAAAGCAAGAAAAUAGAGUGGAAGCAUACAGACAAUACCAGAAGACAACAUCUGUAUGGAUACCUUGGUUUAAAUCAGCUCCAAGAAGUCCAAAAGAGAAGAACAGCUGAGGUGGUCUGUCUAUCUGCACUAUUAUCAGCUCUUUCAGUCCUUAUAAGUGAGGUUUCAUUUGUAAUAUCUUUCUUAUUUGAUUACAUUUCUUUUGAAAUGUCCCAUGCAAUUGUAUGCAGUCUUAUGUUAGAGCAAUGAUUUCCUCACCAGUUCUCUUCA